UCCAUCUCCUCGCGUAUCAGUGUAUCAGUGGGCUGAUAACACUCCCCGCCGUGUGAGCGUCUGUUCUCAGUGAUCUCGCGACCGCCGGCACACAGACAGACAGCUCGCUUAUUUUUUGUCACAAGUUGUGUUCUUUUAUUCGAUUUAGUGACUUUGGAAAAUGACGGACGCGGACAGCUCGUCGUUCCUGCAGCCCGGCGCGGUCAUCCGGCCGGUCAUCGACCCCGAGGGCGUGCAGCUGCUGGUGGAGCGGCUGUACGGCAUCAGCGUGCUGGAGCUCACAGAACUUAAUGGCUAUGACGACAGAAACUUCCGCAUCACGGAGGACCCGAACGUGAAGAACCCGCUCAUCACGACGCACAGCCCGCACGGCUACGUGCUCAAGAUCAUGAACGCCAUGGACUCGCAGAACGUCGAGGUGGUGGAAGCUCAGAACGAGAUCAUGAACUAUUUGAACGCCCGCUCGGUGGUGUGCCCGAAGCCGGUCCGCAACGUGUACGGCCACCUGCACUCCGUGGAGACGCUCAACGGCAAGCAGCACGCCGUGCGCCUGCUGGAGUACGUGCCCGGGGAACUCUUCAAGAACGUGCCCAAGACAGAGGCCUUGUUUUACCAGCUCGGGGAGUUUGUUGCUAAUCUUGAUAAUAAGCUACAGAACUUUAACCACUCGGGCCUGGUCUCCCGCGAGCACAUCUGGAUGCUGAGCAAGGUGCCGGAGCUGGACAAGUUCAAGUUCGCGGUGAAGGACGCUGACAAACAGGAGCUGGCCGAAGAGGUGAUCGAAGAGUUCAAGUACGCGGUGGUGCCGCGGCUGGACGAGCUGGAGCGCGGCGUCAUCCACGGCGACGUCAACGAGAUGAACGUGCUCGUGGCGCACAAGCCCGGCGGCAGCGAGACCGAACACCGGAUCUGCGGCAUCAUCGACUUCGGAGACAUCCAGUACUCGUACUACGUGUUCGAGCUGGCCAUCACCAUGACGUACGUGAUGCUCACCACGGGCGACCCCCGCCACGCCGGCUACGUGCUCGCCGGCUACACCGUCAACAGGAGGCUGCCUGACGACGAGUACAGGCUCUUGAAGACGCUGAUCUCAUCCCGGCUGGUGCAGAGCCUAGUGCUGGGCGCGUACACCCGCGAGCAGGACCCGGACAACGCGUACGUGUCGUCCACGGAGAAGGCCAACGGCUGGGAACUCCUGCGCAAGCUGCGCAAGUCCAAGCCCGAGGUCGACGACCCCACUGACUGGAAGAGCAUCGCCAAUGAAUAUCUCACUAGGAGUUAAUCUUCUUUGAGUUUCUGCCGUCCUGGUACUUUUGAAGAGGUCUUAGUUGUAACCUCAUGUUAUCAAGUUGUAUUAUAAUCACGUCUUUGCACUAUACGGGGUAGUCAGUGCAGGACAUCAGAUUCUAAAGAAACUAUUUAAAAAGUAAAGACAGACUAAUUAUGUACUUUGUAUGUAUUAUAACUUUCUAGUUUUGUUCUAAAUAAAUACAUUUUUUUCAUCAUCUGUCAGUGGCAGUUACUAAUAUUUUAAUGCAUUUUGUUGUUUUAAUUGUUAAGGAAAUAUUGAAAUAUAUGUUUACAGUAUUUUAUGCUCGUUUUACACUUGUAUUUGGGAUCAUUAAUUUAUGUUUUAUAAAUAUUUAACAUGCUUUUAUAGUUGUACAGUAGUGUUUUUAUUGAGUACAUGUUUAUUUAAUGAAUUAGUCUUUGCAAUUAAUUAGAUUUACGAGCUCAACAAGUAUAUAAAGAAUGUAUCAGAGUUAA